AUCGCCAUCUUGUAGCCAGUCUCGGUAGGCUGCUCAGCUGGGUGCUGUGCGGUCCUCCCUUUUUAGGUACUCUAUACUUACCAACUCCAUCGGCUGACCCGUGGAAAAUCUUCUCUACUGCUCUCACUGCUUUCUAAGAGGAACUUGUGACCAACAUCUUCCCUCUUCUUGGUGGCAGUCGCCCUAACAACGCCCCAUCUCAACCAACACCUUCAAAGCUCCUAGCAACUGUAAGAAAUAUCUGACAGGUUAUUUCAUGUCUGCUGUUGCAGCACAGGAGCCUGGACUACCUGACCAAGAGGGAGAUGGUGGUGGGAUGGGGGACGACUCCAGACAAAUUGUCCUGCAUGUGCUGCCAAUUGAAGAAGCUGCUGCUGACAUCGAUGGAACCGCAGCAUUUCUGGUUUCACAGGCAGUGGUGAGAGCCAUCGCAGAGGAAGAGGGCGGGCAGGAGGAGUUACUGCCUGAUAUUGAGGAGAUCUGGCCACCUGUGGAAGAGGUCUGGCCCAUUAUUGAAGAUAUCUGGCCUGCAAUUGAAGAGGUCUGGCCUGAUGUUGAGGAAGGCUGGUACAUCUGGAAUGAUGACCAGGAGAAUGAUGAGGAUCAGAGGCAAGUUGGAGACCAACGGGAUUAUAAUAAGAAAGGAGAGGAGGAAAACGAUGAUGAUGAUGAUGACGAUGACGACGAGGAUGACGAUGAUUAUGAGUACGAAGAUGAUGAGGAUGAUUAUGAGUACGAAGAUGAUGAGGAUGAUUAUGAGGAUGAAGAGGAUGAGGAUGACAACGAAGGGGAAGAUAAUGAAGAUCAGGGGGAGAUUAUCCUGCGUGCCUAUUGAAGGCAAAGGAAGCUAUGGAUGAAGAUAGAAUCAAGGAAUUGGUUCAUCGUGAAUAGGAGAUCAUCUAACACUCAUUACCAUACGGCAAAUUGAUGAUCGUCCUAUUCUAAAAUUCUUCAUCCACAUCCAUUUACUGAAGACUUCCCCAUAUGUUUAAUUAUUAAAUCAAAAAUAAAAUUGUUUCAAA